AUGCCGGCCGGACAAGGGAACGGCACGGGCAGCCUGUCGUCCCGCGGCCAGCGACUGAUGGGCUCUGGCCACUGCGCAGGCACAGACGCGGGAGAAUGGGCGAGCCAAGGCAAAGUCAAUGCACGGGCUGCAGCGCUUGGGCGGCGCGGCGGGAGUCACCAACAGCUCAGUGGAAGCGAGUCCAUGCGCUCCGAGAACCUGGCACCUCCCUCCCUGCCCGCUGGUCUCCCUGUCAGGCAUGGGCCUGCGCCUGAGCCUGAGCCUGAGCCUUGGUCUUGGGACGGGGAAUGGCAAUCCAAUGAACCCACCUGUCGCAACGGUUGCUUCCCGCCCGAAACAGAGACAUGGCCAGUGACACCCCUGGCGCAGGCAAAGAAGAAGAGAUGA